UUCUUGGUUCUUCUCUGUUCAGCCUUCAUUUCUCAUCGUCUGCUUAGCUUCAGUUCAAAAUUCAAAUCCUCAUGUAGUGUAAGCGUGUAACACCGAAUGGGUUUUUCAAUAGUCUAACCCAUGCGACUCUGUUUUUGUUUCAUCAAAUCUAUGAAUCAGGAAGGCACCCGAAUUCAUUGCUUUACUUCUCAAGUUCCGAAUUCUCUGUUCUGUCUCGAUUUUCAAGAUGACUGCAGAGUCAUCGAAAGGUCCAACCACCAGAGAUCUUCUAUGCAACGCCGGUGCAGGUGCCGCCGCAGGAGCCUUUGCUGCCACCUUUGUAUGCCCUUUGGAUGUGAUCAAGACUAGACUCCAGGUCCACGGGCUGCCCAAAGCGCCUGCUGGUCACAAAGGAAGUAUCAUUAUUGUGAGCUUACAGAACAUAAUUACAAAUGAGGGUCUGAGGGGAAUGUAUCGUGGCCUUUCUCCAACAAUAUUGGCACUACUUCCAAACUGGGCAGUUUAUUUCACAGUUUAUGAGCACCUCAAGGGCCUACUUCAUUCACACGUGGAUCAGAAUGAACAACUUACACUUGGUGCAAGUAUUGUAGCUGCUUCAGGCGCUGGAGCUGCCACAGCCAUUGUGACCAAUCCAUUGUGGGUUGUCAAGACUAGACUCCAAACGCAGGGAAUGAGAUCAGAUGUGGUGCCUUACAAUAGCGUAUUUUCUGCUUUAAGAAGGAUUGUGCAUGAAGAGGGAAUCCGAGGGUUGUAUAGUGGUGUUUUGCCUUCAUUAGUGGGGGUAAGCCAUGUCGCCAUCCAGUUUCCAGCAUAUGAAAAGAUCAAGUCUUAUUUAGCAAGAAGGGAUGACACUACCGUUGAUAAACUGAGUCCCGGACGUGUUGCCAUUGCUUCUUCAAUAGCUAAAAUACUUGCCUCCACAAUGACUUAUCCUCAUGAGGUUGUGCGUGCGAAGCUGCAAGAGCAAGGGCAAGCCCACAAUGCUGAGAUCAAGUAUGCAGGUGUUGUGGACUGCAUCAAAAAGAUCUUUCGAAAGGAAGGUGUCCCUGGUUUUUACCGGGGCUGUGCCACUAAUCUGUUGAGAACAACCCCCGCUGCUGUUAUUACUUUUACUAGUUAUGAGAUGAUCCAGAGAUUUUUACGGCGUGUUCUACCUCCUGAGCAGAAGUAUACACAAGGCCAACCAAAAUCAGGUGGUCAUGUCAACCCCAAGCAAGAAAAUGGAGGAUCCAGAGAAAAGAAUGAUGACGGAAUGCUCCGAGCUUCACAAAUUCAAUCUAAUAAAAGAACCACCUCAAUGCCUUCAGGGAGCAAGGAACAACUAACAGCAAGACACUGAUUCUUCCCCCUUCCAAUUUACCACUAAGGGGAAUCAUUUCAAAAUGUGCAAGAAAAUAAAAAUGUAUGCAUCAUUUAUUUAGUCACCUUCUUUCUCUUUCUUUCGUUGGUGGAAAUUCCUAAUUAAGAUAUUUUUUGUGUACCCGUAGUGAGAGUUAUAUGGUUGGAUAAGCAAGUAUUGCUUAGAAAUCAAUUUUGUUUUACUAAUGAAUCCGGGCUUCUUUUCUCAA